AUGGUGGAAGAUGAAAGAACUCAGCUCCUCCCCAAGGAAGAUGGUUGGGAUGAGCCACUAUCCUUGUCUUGCAACCAUUCUGUAAGAAUCCUGGCAUCAUUUCCAAAGAAGCAUCAUGGAGGUCCCUCUGGCUGGGGCUGCCUCCCUCCAGGUGCCAAGUGGAAAUCCACCCUGGCUCUCCAAGGAGGUCUCCCUCUUUCGCUUAAUUUUUGGAGCAGCUGUAUCAAAUAUUUGAUCUUCCUCCUCAACUUCCUUUUCUCUCUUCUUGGUUUACUGACUUUAGUAGUUGGACUGUGGGGGCUGGCAGAUAAGGAGUCACUGGGGAGUAAGCAGCUGCCACACUUGGGGACCGACCCCAUGCUGCUGUUUGUGGUGGUGGGGCUGGCAGUCAGCACUAUAUCCCUGACAGGCUGUGUGGGGGCCCUCUGUGAGAACAUCUGCCUUCUUUGGUUCUUUGCUGGGGGGAUCUUCACUUUCUUGAUCCUAGAGACAUUGGUGGGAAUCCUAGUAUAUGCUUUAUGGGAUCAGCUCCAGGACAUACUGGGCAGCGCCAUGCUCAUGGCCAUUACUCGAUACCAAGAUGACUCAGACUUGCAUUUUCUCUUGGAUGAAAUCCAGUUGAACCUGAAGUGCUGUGGGGUAGUGUCCUAUCAGGACUGGAAAUCAAAUUUAUACUUUAACUGCAGUUCCCCAGGUGUCCAGGCCUGUGGUCUUCCUGCCUCUUGCUGCAUCAACCCCUGGGAAAAUGGAACCAUCAUCAACUCUCAGUGUGGCUUUGGUGCCCUUCGCUUGGACGAGGCUACAGCUCAAAACAUGGUUCACUUUGGGGGAUGCAGCCCCAGACUCAGGCAGUGGCUGGACCAGAACAGUUGGGCCAUCAGGGACUACACUUUAGUUACCACAGUAAUAGAAGGAUUGGAAUUCUUGUUAGUCACCAAGCUAGUGAGGGACAUUAAAGCCAGGAAAACAAAUGACUGA